AUGGUCUCUCAUAGCGCUGGUCAAGCUCAGCCAUCGAAACGGAAGUCAGGGAAGGACACCGGGAGCGGACAAACGUCCUUGAAUGGCACCUACAAGGAUGCCGGUGGCGACCCAGGAAUCAAUUUAUCGCAGGCUGCGCCUGCUAUACUAGAUAUCUACUGGGUCGUCUCAAUGCUGCUCGGUGGAUGCUGUGCGAAUGUAAUGGCCUAUGAGCAGUUGCUGAAGACGAAUCCUCGUAUUGGCUCGGCUUUAACGUUCUCGCAGAUGUUGUUCAUAACCACGACUUCGCUACCAUCUUUCCUAGUUUGGAAGCCGCACUCUAUAAUACCUCGACUAAAACCUCGACAAGUGCCGUUGUACAAUUGGGCCAUACAGGUGGCAGCAUUGAUUUCUGGAUCGCUGAUGAACAAUUGGGUCUUUGCGUUCAACGUUCCUCUGACCGUGCAAAUUGUCUUCAGAUCAGCUGGACUCCCCGUGUCCAUGCUGAUCGGCCGGUUUGUGUUGCAGCGGCGGUAUUCAUUUCUACAAGUGACGUCAGUAUUCAUGGUGUCUGUCGGCGUAAUACUGGCCACACUAUCCCGGCCUUCCGGUAGCAAGACAGAAAGCAGCCAUGAUAUACGCCAAUACACCAUAGGCAUCACUAUGUUAUUCGCUUCUUUAUUCCUUACAGGUUUCCUUGGCCUCCUCCAGGAGCGCACGUAUAAGAAGUAUGGUCCGUGUUGGCAAGAGGGCGUCUUUUACACGCAUUUCCUGUCGCUUCCGAUAUUCCUUUUCCUCGCGUCAGACGUCAAGAGAGGUUUCGGAGGCUUAUCUUCGCCUCGAACGGGCACUGAUGCCGCGCUCUCCGUUUCACCAUACAUUAUACUCGCCACAAAUCUGGUGUCGCAACUUAUAUGUGUCUCUGCUGUUAAUCGUCUAUCUUCGCAAGUAUCAUCUGUGUCUACGAAUAUUGUCCUCACAGCUCGCAAGGCCACGAGCCUUUGCUUGAGCGUGUGGUGGUUUGGAAACGGGUGGAACUGGCAGUUAGGUGCCGGUGCUGGAAUGGUGUUCCUGGGUAGCUCCUUGUUCACCGUGGGUGGAGCUAAGGCGAAGGAAGUCGCAAAACCGAAGAAGGAAUAA